UUUACAAAAGUAUACAAGGGUAGAAUGUGCGCUAGGAUUGAUGUGGUACAUUUCUUCUAUGAAAACCAAAUUCAGCAAUUUCUUGCUUUUCAUUAAUCCACGUAAUGCUUGUUAGACAUGGCUUGAGCUGGAAGUAGUUAAAACAUUCCUUUCACUUUCACAAUUGCUGUUCAAGCCCUGCCCCUGUGAAGAUUUUCUGUACUGUAGGUGGGUGCUUCAGUACAAGGGCUUGCAGUUUUCUUCAGACGAUACCAGAAAACUUGGAAUUAAGGAGUUAUAAAGCCAGCUGUGGUAUUAGUGACUGAUAAAAAACAGAAGGAUCCAUGCUAAAGCGAAGAAAAGUUACACUCAUUACCUGCACAAAGGUGACGGUGAUCAGUCCUGAAGGCAAAAAAACUUCAUACAGUCGUGUCUUAAAGAGUCAAGGUUCAAAGAGGAUGGCUUACAAACAUAAUCAGCAGAACAGCUCAAGAGUACAAGAAUGCUUAGAGUAUGGUCUAAAGGCCAGCUCCAGUAAUGAGACAGAUACACUGAAAACAAUUCAACCAAAGAGUAAACAUACUAAAAGUUCUGAAAUCAGUAAGAGUUCCCAUAAUGGCAGCUCAGUCAAAAAAGAGUGGCCUGAAUGUGGUAGUUCACAGAGUUUUUUGACCAGCUCUGAAAGAGAUGCACCGAAAAUGAUGACUCAUCCAGUGGGAGUACAUACUAUGAGUUCUGCAGACAGUAUGACUGCCCAGCAACAAACAGACAAGACAGAACUAUGGAGUAAGAACAUGGACAAGAGCUGUUUAGGUGAGGAUGCAUCCAAUCUGAAAAGGAAUUAUGGAAGAAAUUCACUGCAAAAUCUCACUCCUUCAUCGAACCACACCAUAUUGGUAGAGGUUACAAGUGUGAGGGAAAACAGUCAACCACGGGCAUUUAAAAAAAUGACUCCAGAUGCAUGGAAUGCAAAUUAUGUGAAGAUGCCAUUUUCAGAUCACAGCAGUUAUGAGAAACGUUCAUUUAUGGUAAGAUAUGUAUUAUUUUCAUUAUUAGUGUUUUGUGUUCCAAGAUAUAAUAAAAUCAGCAUUGAAGAUUAUUUUGUAGAGUCUUUGAGGACUGAGGUCUGCAUUAGGAUAAUGUGUGGGAUGCAUAAUAAGAGCUGGAAAAUGCAGAUGAAGCCCUUCCGUAAGAGAAUGUCUGCACGUUGUUAA